AUGGAAGCGCAUCACCCUUUCGACCCGCUUUCGGCUGGUGAGAUUGAAGCUGCGAUCAGCAUCGUGAAGAAGGUGCACGGCGAUGUCUUUUUCAAUGUUGUAUCCCUCCGCGAGCCGCGAAAAGCGGAAAUGACGGCGUGGCUUGCAAACCCUACAACGAUGGUCAAGCCGGUUCGUGUGGCAGACGUGGUUGUUAUUGCCCCAGGGGGCAAGGUCUACGAUGGGCUAGUCGAUCUGUCCACCGGUUCCAUCAUCAGUUGGGAGCUUCUUGAUGGGUUACAGCCCAUUAUCACAAUGGAGGAGCUCACCGCCGUCGAACACAUAUGUCGCACGGAUCCCAGGGUCAUUGAGCAGUGCAUACUCAGUGGUAUAUCCAAAGACGACAUGCACAAGGUUUACUGUGAUCCCUGGACUAUCGGCUACGACGAGCGCUACGGCAACAAGGUCCGUCUACAGCAGGCGCUCAUGUACUAUCGUCCUGACGUCGAUGACUGCCAGUACCAGUAUCCAUUGGAUUUCUGUCCAAUCUAUGACGCAGCAAAAGAGGAGAUUAUUGCCAUCGACAUACCCAAAGUACGACGUCCAUUAAGCACCAUCGAGCCGGUCAACUACCACCCUGCUGCCGUCAACAAGACGGGGGGAUACCGAAACAACCUAAAGCCGAUCAACAUUACACAGCCAGAGGGCGUGUCCUUCAAACUCAACGGCCGCCAGAUCGAGUGGCAAAACUGGAAGUUCCAUAUUGGCUUCAACUACCGUGAAGGCAUCGUCCUCAACGAUAUUACCUUCAACGAUAAGGGCAAUAUCAGACCCGUAUUUUAUAGACUUUCUCUUUCGGAGAUGGUUGUUCCCUAUGGCUGCCCGGAACGGCCCCACCAGAGGAAGCACGCAUUCGACCUCGGAGAGUACGGUGCUGGUUAUAUGACAAACAGUCUCGCACUGGGAUGCGACUGCAAAGGGUCUAUUUACUAUUUGGAUGCUUACUUUCCUACCCGGAACGGCGAGAUCCGCAAGAUCAAAAACGCCAUUUGCAUCCACGAGGAGGACGCCGGCAUUCUCUUUAAACACACCGACUUCCGCGAUGACUCCACAAUUGUAACGCGCGCAAGGAAAUUAAUCAUUCAGCAGGUGUUCACUGCGGCAAACUACGAAUAUGCUGUACAGCAAGAUGGUUCAAUCCAGCCUGAGAUCAAGCUCACUGGCAUUCUUAACACAUAUUCGAUGAACCCAGGCGAGGACACACAUGGUUGGGGUACCCAGGUUUACCCUGGGGUAAAUGCCCAUAACCACCAGCACCUCUUCUGCCUUCGCAUCGAUGCCAAUGUCGAUGGACCCAACAACACGGUGUUUAUGUCGGACGCGGUCCCCUCCGAAGCCCCAGUUGGUAGUGUUGAGAACUUCUACGGCAAUGGCUUCUACGCCAAGCGUACAAAGCUCCGCACCACAGCCGAGUCAAGAACUAAUUACAAUGGCGCGACGAGUCGAACCUGGGAAAUCUGCAACACCAACCGGCUGCACCCCUACAGCGGCAAGCCUGCCUCAUAUAAGCUCAUCAGCCGAGAGGUGCCUGGAUUGUUGCCCAAGGAGGGGUCUUUGGUAUGGAAAAGAGCCGGGUUCGCAAGAAAUGCUGUAUGCGUAACAAAAUACGCCGAUGAUCAACUCUGGGCCGCCGGUCGCCACGUGCCUCAGACAUCGGGGGAACCGUCUCUAGGGCUUACGGAAUGGGUUAGUGACGGUAGUCAGUCGGUUGAAAAUACAGAUGUGGUGCUAUGGCAUACGUUCGGCGUUGUGCACUUCCCAGCCCCCGAAGAUUUUCCAGUCAUGCCAGUCGAACCCAUUACCCUGCUGCUCAAGCCCAGAAAUUUCUUUAUUAAUAAUCCUGUUAUGGAUGUUCCUCCCAGCUUUGCAAGCACCCCUAGCCAAGUUAAGGCCAAUGGGGAAGGGGUGUUUAAUGCUGCAGAUGGCGUAAGCGAGCUGGCAUUUGAUUGCUGCCGUCGGACAAGCCAUUUGUAA